UGAAGGAGAAUGAUUCAUUUGAAAGAUGAUUCAAUCAAUCGGAGAAAGACUUUUGUUCAUUAAAGAAGUUUGGGUCGGCGUUGAUUGAAAUUUUGCGUUAAUAAAACACGCUAAGUCACUGUUUUAUCUGGAGAGGUACUUGGUGUAAAAAUAUACUCAGGUGCAUGAUGGCUACAGUAUUAUGCAUGAUACUUUUGUUAUGUGUGUAUGGCUGUCAUUGUGUGAGUGACUAUUACUCUGUGCUUGGAGUUUCUCGCUUUGUGUCUUCAAGAGACAUCAAGAAAGCAUUUCACAAACUGGCUCUAAAACACCAUCCUGAUAAGAACCAAACCCCAAAUGCACAGCAGACCUUCACACACAUUGCUCAGGCCUAUGAGGUACUUUCUGACAGAGAGAAGAGACGAGUUUAUGAUCAAAUGGACCAUCUCUCAAACCCUGAUCAGGGCAGUGAGAGAAUGGUCAAGAAAGACCAGACAGAAGACAUGGGCAGCAAUCUUUUCUCUAAUAAAGGAUCGUUUCAGAGUAAAAAGAGUUUCCAGCACUUCAGUCUAGAGGAGCUGCUUCAUACACUGCAGAUGGAUGAUGACUUCUUCAUGGGUGAACAACCUGGUCAUGAAGGAUGGAGUUUUAUUUUUGGACCUGAGGAUGAUGAUAAUGAUGAAACGGUCCUCUUCAGUGAUCUUUUCAACAUGUUUUGAUGCUUGUGUAUCCUCAUGAACAUGCAGUGUUUUUAUUUAUGUGUGUGCAUUACAGCAGUUCUUAUUUUAAGAUGCUUCUGUAUGAUCUUGUUAUGUUUUUUAUUAAAUAAAACGUCAAGUUAAACAGCUAAGAAACACUUC